UAUAGGGGAGUUUUAUACCACAGAGGGAUUGUUUUGCAUUAUAUCGAUAGUAGAUGGGGUUUUUUUGCACUUAACCCAAGGGCAAAUUAAAUAGGGUUUUUGAAUUUAUUUUAUGUCAGAGGGACUUAUUUGUAACUUUUUUGAAUUGUUUGGACUGAAAUAUACAUUUUUAAAAAAUAUGGACCUUAUAUGUCACAGUGAGUGUGUUUUUUUUUUUUUUUUCGGCACUCAACCAUUCCUUUUUCAUCACUAAAAGCUAUAAAUGUAACCUUUGAUUCUUUUCUCCUUGCGCUAGAUUUCAUGAAUGUGAUACAAUGACCAAGGUUAAGUUAGAAACUAGAACUUAGUAUCCGGUUAUACAAUUAGAUACUAUAAUCAUAUAUAAGAUGAAGCCAUAUUGGUUGCAGAGGUGUUAAAAAUGGGAUGGAGGUAUCUGGGCACUGCUUGCUUUUCCAGUAAUGUAAAUUUAACAUGUCCUCACUUUCUCUCACUAGAAACAUCAUACGCACCUCUUUGCUUGAAAUUAAACAAUUCCAAUCUUCCUGGAAUUACUCUUCAGCAUCCUAUCAAAUUGAAUACCCCAAACCAAACUUAUUGAAUUCUUCGAAUAGUGAAUUGACAGUUGAGAUCAUUCAUGCCAAAGUUAUGAAAAACGGUUCUGUUCAACAGUUGCAAGUGGGGAACUAUGUUUUGAAUCUGUAUGUAAAAUCCCAGAACUUGGGUCAUGCACAAAAGAUGUUUGAUGAAAUUCCUGGUAGAGAUGUUCGAUCUUGGACUAUUCUUAUUUCUGGUUUUACUCGAAUUGGGUUAUCUGAAAUGGCAUUGGAUGUCUUUACUGAGAUGCAGAAGGAAGGCAUUAGUCCGAAUCAGUUUACUUUCUCGAGCAUUUUGAAGUGCUGUUCUAGUGUAAAUGAUGUUCGAUUGGGUAAGGCGAUUCAUGGGUGGAUACUGCGUGAUGGCAUUGGUUUAGAUAUGGCGUUGGCGAACUCUAUCCUUGAUCUUUAUGCAAAAUGUGGGGUGUUUAACUAUGCCGAAAGAUUAUUUGAAUUACUGGCUGAGAAAGAUUCCGUGUCAUGGAACAUAAUGAUUGGUGGGUGUUUGCAGAUUGGAGAUACAAUGAAGUCUCUUGAUUUGUUCAGAAGGUUGCCUUUCAAAGAUGUCGUGAGUUGGAAUACGGUUAUAGAUGGGCAUAUGCGAAAUGGGUUGGAAGGAAUUGCAUUGAAUCUUCUAUACGAGAUGGUAGAAGUUGGACCUAUGUUUAAUGAAAUUACUUUUAGCAUAGCUUUGGUCUUGGCUGCUUCUUUAUCAAUUUUGGAACUGGGGAAACAACUUCAUGGCAGGGUGCUGAGGGUUGGAAUCCAUGAAGAUGGUUUUGUAAGGAAUUCAGUUAUUGACAUGUAUUGCAAAUGUGGGCAAAUGGAGAAGGCAUCAGUGAAUUUCCGAAAUUUGCCUCAAGAUUUUGUGAGAACACGUGAUUCCAAGUUCUCUUCAGAUGAAUCGAUAGUGAAAUCUGUUUCAUGGAGUUCAAUGGUUAGUGGGUUCGUUCAAAAUGGUAGAUUGGAAGAGGCUUUGAAAUUUUUUUGCACUAUGGUUUAUGAACAGGUUGAGAUGGACAAAUUCACUCUCACAAGCAUUGUUUCUGCAUGUGCUAAUGCUGGGCUUUUGGAGCUUGGUCAGCAGAUCCAUGCCCAUAUUCUGAAAACUGGGCACAAACCUGAUGUUUUCUUGGGUUCAUCAAUGGUUGACAUGUACGCCAAAUGUGGAAAGUUAAAUGAUGCUUGGUUGAUUUUCAUACAAACAAAGGUUCAAAAUGUUGUGUUGUGGACUUCAAUGAUAUCUAGUUAUGCUUUACAUGGGCAAGGAAGGGAGGCGAUUUCGCUUUUCGAGUUGAUGUUGAAUGAGGGGAUUACACCGAAUGAAGUGAGUUUUGUAGGGGUUUUAACUGCAUGUAGUCAUGCAGGUUUGGAAAAAGAAGGCUGCAGAUAUUUUAGGUUGAUGAAUGAAGCGUAUGGAAUCAAGCCUGGAGUUGAACACUUCACUUGCAUGGUAGAUCUUUUUGGCCGAGCUGGUCGUUUCGAGGAGAUAAAGGAUUUUAUUUAUAAGAAUGGUAUCUCUCAUCUGAGUGCGGUUUGGAGAGCAUUUUUAUCUUCUUGCAGAGUUCACAGAAAGGCUGAGAUGGCUCGGUGGGUUUGUGAGAAACUUCUUGAACUUGAACCAUUUGAAGCUGGACCAUAUAUUUUGUUAUCGAACACUUGUGCUACUAACCACAAAUGGGAUGAGGCUGCUAAACUGAGGGCUUUAAUGCAAGAAAGGGGAGUUAAAAAACGUCCGGGUCUAUCUUGGAUUCAAUUGAAGAAUCAAGUCCAUACUUUUGUUAUGGGAGAUAGGUCCCAUCUCCAAGAAGCUGAAAUUUAUUCUUACUUAGACAAGCUAAUUGAAGAAUUAAAGGAGAUCGGGUAUUCAAAUGACGCAAAUCAGGUGAUGCAAGAUGUAGAAGAAGAACAAAAGGAAGUAAUUCUUGGUUUCCACAGUGAGAAACUUGCAGUUGCAUAUGGUCUUAUUAGCACAAGUUGUGGAACACAUCUUCGAGUUAUGAAAAACCUCAGAAUUUGUACUGACUGUCAUAACUUCAUGAAGUACACUUCUCAGCUUUUAAAUAGGGAAAUAGUUGUUAGAGAUAUUCAUCGAUUUCAUCAUUUCAAGGAUGGGCACUGUUCUUGCGGAGACUACUGGUAAAUACAACAAGGGAUACUCACACAUGUGAAACUUACGAGUCAUAAGCUAUGGAUCAUUCUGGAAGGCUUCGGAUUUGAUAAACAUGACAGACAAACAGCAUAUCAAAGUAAUGAUCCAGAUUGUAGGAUUGCAGUUGAGGUUGCUGCAGAGAGAUGGUGAAGGAGAAUAACAAGCUAUCUAGUUUUUCUAGAUGAACUGUAAUGCUUAGCAGGUAAUUUGCAAUGCAUUAUAUAAGUUGUCUCCCAUUGGAACUGUAACAACCGUGAUUUUUAACACUCAUAUUAGUUAACUUUGUGUUACAUAUACAACCCUGAUUUUUAACACUCAUAUUAGUUAACUUUGUUUUAUAUAUAUAUAUAUAUAUAAAGGAGAGAAAGUUAUGAUAAGGAAUGAUUAGGUUAUUUGACGGAGAUAACUCUAUCAUUCAGUUUAGUUUGAUUUUUAAAGAGUUCUUAUUGAACUCAACCAUUAGUUAUAUAUCUGAACUUAGUGUAUCGGCAUU